UCCGUAUAAUGCCAUGAGCUCCGACAAUAAGUGCGAUCCCCGUCACAUACAGUCAUGCCUUCAUUUGACAUGUCAUUUAAAAUAGAAUAUAAUUACCCGAACGAUGAGGGUGAAAACGAGCGUCUCGGUAAAUAUCUGCGACCACGAGGGUGAAUCAUAUGCUGCAGUGGCAAAAAAGGACGGCACAGACCUGCAUCACAACCAAUGGCUCCUCACCUUUCAGGGGAAGCUUGGCUUAUCCCCUAAGGUGGAAGGUUCGGCCAAGCGUGCCUGGGAUGCUGGCACCGGAAUGGGGUUAUGGGCCAAGGGAGCAACCUUGAAAAUAAAUGCCCGGGCGACAAGGUGCCUUAAGGCCGAGCUGCGCCAAUGAGUCCAAGGACCAUGGCAACCUCAAUGGUAA